AUGACGGACAGUACCAGUGCCAACAACAGUGCUUCAGUGCUUCAGGAUAACAGUGCUUCAGUUGAUCGGAUUUUAGUUAAAAUCCCACCGUUUUGGCCCAACGAUCCUGAAAUUUGGUUCCUGCAAGUGGAAAAUCAAUUUACACUGGCAAACAUAACAAGUGACGCCACAAAAUUUAACUACAUAGUUGCUAAUCUCGAAACAGUGUACAUAUCAGAAGUUAAGGACAUCAUUGUGUCACCACCAGCUACAGAGAGGUAUGUAAAAUUAAAGUCAGAGUUAAUUAAGAGACUUAGUGCAUCACAGCAACAAAAAAUUAAGAGACUACUUGAGCAUGAAGAACUGGGCGAUCGAAGACCUUCCCAGUUCUUACGACAUUUACAGUCUUUAGCAGGCACAACGGUACCAGACAAUAUUGUAAGGCCUCUGUGGUUAGGUAGACUGCCAUCGUCUACACAGGCUAUUCUAGCUACCCAAGCUAAAGCUAGUUUGGACGCAGUUGUCGAGCUAGCUGACACAAUAUCUGAAGCUAUAGCUCCUAUGGGCCCAAAUUUCAGAAGCUUCUAA